ACUGUCUUGUCUUCUUCACACGGUCGCGAAUCGUUAAGCUUCGUCGAUUCAAGCAGAUUUGUAGAAAGAUAGAUAGGAGGAAAAGACCCUCCAGGAAUUACAAAACCCUAGAGGACUCUCUUCAAUUCAACCUUAAAAACCACCAAUUGCGCCAUGACAAAGAAGAGAAAGCUCGAAUCUGAAUCCAACGAGACGUCAGAGCCGAUGCAGAAGCAGCAGGAAUGUGACAAAGAGAAUCCAGGAAUCAGAAAUGAUGAUCAUCAAAGAGACGAAGACCAAGUAGUAAACCACGACGCACUCAAGGAGGGACCUAAAGAUGACGAUAAUAUCGAAGCGGGGUCGUUGUCAGGAUCUAGGAAUUCGAGAAAUGAGGAUGAUGACGAAGAAGAGCCCCUCGAUGAUCUUUUAGAACCGUUCUCAAAGGAUCAGCUUUUGAUUCUUCUCAAAGAAGCCGCAGAGAGACAUCGUGAUGUAGCUGAUCGAAUCCGGAUUGUGGCUGAAGAGGAUCCUGUUCAUCGUAAGAUCUUCGUUCACGGGUUAGGAUGGGAUACUAAAGCCGACGCACUAAUCGAAGCUUUUAAACAUUACGGAGAGAUCGAAGAUUGCAAAUGCGUGGUUGAUAAGGUAUCUGGGCAAUCCAAAGGUUAUGGCUUUAUCCUCUUUAGGUCAAGGUCUGGUGCUCGUAAAGCGCUUAAGCAGCCUCAGAAGAAGAUUGGGACCCGUAUGACUGCGUGUCAGCUUGCUGCUGUAGGACCUGUUCAGGGAAACCCUGUGGUGGCUGCGCCUGCUCAGCAUUUUAGCCCUGAGAAUGUUCAGAGGAAGAUUUAUGUUAGUAAUGUUAGCGCUGAUCUUGAUCCGCGGAAGUUGCUGGAGUUUUUCUCAAGAUUUGGGGAGAUUGAAGAAGGUCCUUUGGGGCUUGAUAAAGCUACUGGGAGACCCAAAGGUUUCACUUUGUUUGUUUAUAGAUCUGCAGAAGGUGCCAAGAGGGCAUUGGAAGAGCCACAUAAGACCUUUGAAGGUCAUGUCUUGCAUUGCCAUAAAGCAAACGAUGGGCCAAAGCAGGGUAAGCAACAUCAACAUCAACAUCACCAUCAUUCUCACAAACAAAAUACUCGCUACCAAAGGAAUGAAAACACUGGUUAUGGUGCACCUGGAGGCCAUGGACAUUUCAUAGCUGGUAAUAACCAAUCUGCGCAGGCCAUAAACCCGGCUAUUGGCCAGGCCCUUACAGCUUUGUUGGCUUCUCAGGGUGCUGGUUUGGGUUUGAACCAAGCAUUUGGGCAGGCUUUGUUGGGGGCAUUAGGGACAGCUAGUCCAGUAGCUGCUGCUGGAAUGCCAAGCGGAUAUGGUACUCAAAAUAUCACACCUAGGGUCUAUCCUGCGUAUGGUGCCCAAGCCGGCUUUCAGGGUGGUUAUCAGACUCAGCAACCUGGUCAGGGCAGUGCUGGAAGAGGGCAGCAUGGAGUUCGCUAUGGUGGCCCUUACAUGGGUCAUUAGAUGUAGCCCACUCAGAAUGCAGAUAUUCCAAAACAGUUCUUUUAAUAUUGACAUGGUGAAUCUUCUGAAGUUAUUAAGGAGCUGAUGCAAAUGGAGUUGUUUAGUUUUUGGAUGAAAUGUUACUCUUUUCGUUUCUUCAAAGGCCAUGACUCUUCAAACCUUUCAAGAAGUUUUUAGUUUUCCCCUACUUAUUUUCCCAAAUCCCAACUCUUUUUAUGAAUAUCCCAAUGACAUUACUCUGAUUUUGCUAUCAUCGCCUCUUUUAAAACUUUUGUGAACGUUUUCAUUUGUAAACUUAAACAGUGUUCCUCAUGGACACAAAUGCUUUCAUUCUCUAUUUGAAUUCGUGUUUUCCAUAUUCUUGGUUCCCUCUAUAUUUUGCCGUUUUGUGAGUUUUUCUACUGCAUUCUCUAGAUUCAUGGUCAUGUUUUGUUACUUUGGAACCUUGUGAGAUCAUGAUCACACUUUCAAUAUAAAUUUGCACAUGAUGUCUUAUCUUGAUUUCCACAUAUAAUAUUUGCUUAAUCCUUGUUCCUCUCGCAGGUAAUUUUGACUGCAGGCUGAACCUAACACUAACGCUCUACAAAAUCGUAUGGGUACCUGCUAUUUGAAUGCUGCUCACCUGCUUUAUUUUUACUGACCAGAAAUGUUGUGAAUAUAGAAAUGACUGGUUUUUAACUAUAGAUGUAGGCAAUAGUUGUUUUCUUGUUUAGCUUCGGUAGGCAUCUGCCUGUACCAAAAAAGUCAACUUGUUUUGGCUCUGUGCUAAAAAGUUUGAACAAGUCUAUUUCAAGGUUUUGACUUGUUUUAGAGCAGCAUUUUGAAUCUAUAGCUAUGAAUGUGCAUUUUAAGUUGAUAUCGCGGAGGUUAUACUUAGUUAAAUUUCUAUCUGAGUUUGGUAACACAGACUAACACAGCUGGAAUUGGUGAUUUCUCUCGCAUCGUGGAGCUCUGAACUGUCUUCCCAAAAAGGUAAGUAAAACCAACGCAUUGUGAAUAUUUGUAUUUAAUGUAGAAGUAGAACCAUUGUUGAGGAAUGAAUUGAUGAUGAAAGUCCUUACACAAAUGUGCUUCCCCGUUUUUGUAUGUUGAGUCAGAGCUUCACGAGUGUAUGGUUAUGCUAACUGCCGGGGUUCUACCUAGUUACCCUCUAGGCUCUAUAGGCCACUAGGUUAUGAUAAGCAUGUGAAGUUUUUUACAUUACUUGAUUCUUAGGAGACCUAUGUUGGUACAGCCAGAUAGAUUGUGUGUUCUUGUUCUCUCUUUCGGCAGGAUCGAGCUGCCACAUAUGAUUCACUGAAUCUGUAUGUGUUAUAAUCAUUGAAGGACAGGCAAAUAUACAAAGGAAGAAGAGUCUUAUGACAUUUGAUGUGUUAGAUGAUAAGAAGAAGAGAGAAGUGUGAGAGACUGAGAGUAAUUAAAGAAAGAGAAAAGGGAAACAGAAACACGUGGGAGAACAUCCCAAAGAGGAAGCACACGCGGAUCUUCAUGCAAAGCCGAUUCUCCCAUGUGGUCCCUUCCUCCCUUUGUCCCCCUCCCCCUUUCUCCUUUUUCACCAUACAUACAACGAAUCUUCUUUUUUUUUUAUAAUAUCAAAUUUGGUUUUUAUCACAGUUCAACAACACCUUCUUGUUCUCGGUUACUUCCCCACUCUCACUUUUUAUAUAACAAGCGCAUUUUGGGAAACUUAUGUUUGUGAAAGACAAGUCUUGUUUAGAGAAAGUGAUUUAACAAUAGCUAAA